AUGCCUGAAAAUAAUUCUUCAUCAUCUGAUGCUAAAAUGUGGAUUGAAAAGUAUCGUCCACAUGAGUUGACGGAUUUACUUUCCCACACAGAAAUUAUUUCAACAAUUCAACGAUUGAUAGAUGGUGGUAAAUUACCUCACCUUUUACUUUAUGGUCCACCAGGUACAGGUAAAACUAGUACAGUGUUGGCCAUUGCCAAGAAAUUAUUCGGAAAUAGGUUGACACAAAAUGUUCUUGAAUUGAAUGCGAGUGAUGAUAGAGGUAUUGAUGUUAUUAGAAAUGAAAUCAAGGACUUUGCAUCAACGAAAGGAUUGAAAUUCUUUACAGCUCAAAAAGAUACAACACCUGAUAUUAAAUUAAUUAUUUUGGAUGAGGCUGAUCAAAUGACUAAAGAUGCCCAAGCUGCAUUGAGACGUACUAUUGAGAAGUAUUCUAAAAAUGUGAGAUUUUGUUUAAUUUGCAAUUAUGUGAAUAAGAUUAUUCCUGCAUUGCAAUCCAGAUGUACUAGAUUUAGAUUUUCCCCUCUCAAGAAACAUGAAGUUGUUUCUAGACUUGAGGAAAUUUGUAAAGAAGAAAAUGUAAUCUAUAACCAAGUUGGAUUGGAUGCUAUUUACAGAUUGUCUAAUGGUGAUAUGAGAAAGUGUGUCAAUAUUCUCCAAUCAACAUUCAUGUCAUUUGGGCAAAUAACAGAAGACAACGUUCACAUGUGUACAGGUAACCCAUUGAAGGAAGAUAUUAGAUUGAUUAUUAAUUCUUUAUUUAAUGACUCACUUGCUGAUGCCUAUAAAAAGGUUAUGAACAUCAAGACAGAAAGAGGAUUGGCCCUCCAAGAUAUUCUGAGAGAUAUCCAUCCAUACGUAAUGAAAUUGAACAUUCCAAUAGCAGUAAGAAUUUAUUUAUUAGAAAAGAUGAGUGAUAUCGAAUAUAGACUUUCAUUAGGAACCAGUGAAUCUUUACAAACUAUGGCUCUUAUUUCAGCUUUCCAAAUUGCUAAAGAGCCUGUAUCUUCGAAGAAUGAAGAAGCUGCCUUGAAAUUAUUAACCUCAGAAGCGUAA